UGAUUUCAUUCAUUUGGUUAUUGAAGUACUUUGCAUGUAAUAUUUUCUUUCUCUCAGUAGUCUCUUCGUCAUCUUGAUCAUCUGCAGGAGCUGUUGACUUGUGCAAUUAAGGAGAUAGCUUGUUCAAAUUUAUCAGCAUCAGUAGUUUCUAAUGGAUUCUUCAGAACAAAGGGAAACACAUGAGUCAGAAUCAAACAUCAAUGCUGUUCAAACACCUUUAAACCGGCAAAAUUGUGCCUCCUUAGAAGGUCCCGUGGCCAUCCUUUGGGACAUUGAGAAUUGUCCUGUCCCUAGUGAUGUCCGCCCGGAAGAUGUUGCUGGUAAUAUAAGAAUGGCUUUGCGGUUGCACCCUGUAAUAAAAGGAGCUGUUACGACAUUUUCUGCUUAUGGGGAUUUUAAUGCGUUUCCCCGCCGACUCAGAGAGGGCUGCCAAAGAACUGGUGUCAAGCUUAUUGAUGUCCCAAAUACCAGAAAGGAUGCUGCAGACAAGGCUAUCCUGAUUGACAUGUUUCUGUUUGCCCUUGACAAUCCUCCACCUUCUUCUAUCAUGCUUAUUUCAGGUGAUGUUGAUUUCGCUCCAGCACUUCACAUACUUGGUCAACGGGGGUAUGUAGUAAUUCUUGUUAUUCCUUCUGGGGUGGGUGUUUCAUCUGCCCUUUGCAAUGCUGGUAAAUUUGUGUGGGAUUGGCCAAGUGUGGCUCGUGGGGAAGGCUUUGUACCUGCAGCAAAGGCUUCAAUACCUCGUGGAGGACCAUGUGACAUUGCUGGGUAUGUCAUGGGCUGCCAUAUCAGUGAUCGCUCAGAUGGUCAAAAUGAAGAGGAAGCUAUUGUUUAUAGGGGACUGUCACAAAACUAUUACAACUCGAGAGACUUCUCUAGUAUGUCGCAAUCUUUAUCCGAGUACGCGAGUGCCAUGCCUUGUUUUCCUGCAAAUUUGAGGUCACAUAGUCUUCCAUCUGGCUUCAAUGAAGUAUCAGCCUGCCCGGGUUAUUCAAGUGAUCAAAUUGAUUACUCUAUGUGGGUACAGCCUGGAGAUAUUAAUGGCCUGAAGUUGCAGCUUGUUAAGUUGCUUGAGCUCUCAGGAGGAUGCCUGCCUCUUACGCGUGUUCCUGCUGAUUACCAGAAGCUCUAUGGGAGGCCUCUUUAUAUGUCAGAGUAUGGGGCAUGUAAGCUUGUGAACCUUUUCAAGAAGAUGGGUGACACGAUGGCAAUAGAUGGAAAGGGCCAAAGAAAAUUUGUUUACCUUAGGAACUGGAAAUCAAGCCCAAGUGCACCUCCAUUGGUUCUGAUGAGGAGGGAUAAGAAAGGGAAAGGGACUCAAGAAGAGACUAUUGAUAUAGCUCCAGCUGGGGGUUCUUCAGAUGAGUUUUCAGAUGAGGAGAGAGUUGUGGUUGAAGAACAUAAUGAGAGGAGAAACCACGGGAAGAGUACUGCAGAGAAAACAGCUCAAUGUGAGAUUUACAUGUGUAAUAUAGAUCAGUUCAAGUAUGAGCUGCAAGAGAUUCUAGUGAGCUACUCUUGUCGGAUUUUCUUGGGUUGUUUUGAGGCUAUAUACCAGCAAAGGUACAAGAAAGCGCUAGACUAUAAAAAAUUCGGUGUAAAUCAGCUGGAGGAGCUGUUACACAAGGUGAGAGAUGUUGCUGUCCUACAUGUAGAACCAGGUAGUGGUAGAAAAUUCCUGGCAGCAGCUGGAGGCUAGUAGAAUACAGAAAUUUCCCUUUUAUGUAACAUUUCAGUGUUUGUUUGGGACACACAUAGAUUACAGAGUCGAGGUUUCCAUAAGCUUCAAAACAAUUAGCCAACUAGAUAUAUCCGCUGUGAGAAUGAAAAGAUUUCGUAUUCAUUGUGAAUUGCAAAGCAUUUGUACUUUUAUAUGGGCUACAUAAGAUUCUGCACCAAUUACUUCUGA